AUGGGGAAGUUGAUGCACAGCACCCAAAUCCAGCACUCAUCUCACCCGCAUCUUUUACAACUAUCAUCUUCCCUUCACCUUCACAACCACCCUUCCGCCACCUGUGCCGGCUGCAAUCACAAGAUCUCUCCACCGGAGCACAUCUACACCUGCACACCCUGCAACUUCUUCAUCCAUCCAUCAUGUUCCAAGUUUCCAGAAUUAAUCACACACCCCGCCCACCCCGCCCACACCCUCUCCCUCCUCACCACCCCUAUCUACCCUGCUGGCUUCUUCCGGUGUGAUGCCUGCACCCAACACGGAACUCGGUUCAGCUACCAUUGUCAUACCUGUGAUUUUGAUUUGCAUGUUCUCUGUGCUUCCACUCCCAUGAGGGUCACACAUCCUAACCACCCCCACCCCCUUGGUCUUACUUUUGCCUCUCCGUAUGGUGAAAAGUUGGGUUUUUCUUGUGAUGUGUGCAGUCGCAUUGGCUCCGGCGACCAGUGGCUCUACCGCUGUGUUUCUUGUGAGUUUGAUGUUCAUUUACAGUGUGCCACCGCGAAGGUUUCUGCUCCACCUCCACUGCAGCAUCAUCAGUCGUUUCCAGCUGGUGGAGCUCCUAUGGCUGGACAGGGUCUCACGCAUAGCAUGAGUGUGCCGCCGCAGGAUCUGCAAUAUCAUCAGUCGUUUACAGCUGGUGGAACUCCGAUGGCUGGACAGGGUCUCACGCAUAGCAUGAGUGCUCCGCCGCAGGCUCUGCAAUAUCAUCAGUCGUUUCCAGCUGGUGGAGCUCCGAUGGCUGGACAGGGUCUCACGCAUAGCAUGAGUGCUGGGCGUAUUCAAACUCAAUGGCAACCACCACAGACUCCGGCAGCCGUUGGUGUCCAAGUACAAAGUUACGAGCGACCCGUACAGCCACCGGCACAAGUUGGCGGUCAAAAUUACCCGAUGGCACCACAACCUGCGGGACCUGCUGUUGCCAAUCAAGGUAAUGGAUUAGGAAAUGUAAUGCUGACGGGGUUUGUCGAUGGUAUGAUGCAACAACUGGGCCAGGAUUUUGUCGAAACUCUUACAGGAGGAGGAGGCGGUGGCGGCGGAGGUGAUGUGGUCAACAUUGACGUUCAAACCAAUGUCACUUAUGAAGACUGUGGAAGCGAAUAA